AUGGGCUUCUGCUUCGCCGAACAUCAACCAUUUGACUCAGCGUGCAGGUCGGUGAACGACUUCGAUUGGAGCAAACAGCUGCGCUACUACUGGGCUGCCGAAGAGGUCGGGGCGUCAGAUGGAACGCAUGCGUCCGACACCUGUAUCGUCAAGCAGACGAUCGCCAACAUUCGGUACUCCUUCGAAUAUUUGGGCAACACCCCGCGGCUGGUCGUCACGUCGCACGAGGUCGCGGCAGCCUCUGCCUUUUCCUCUCCGGGAGAGGUUCAGCAGGUCAUGCCCUUCACCAUUGAGGACGCCAAAAAAUGUGCCUCCUUCUGGGACGUGCCUGGCGUGAAGGCUGGUGUGGUCACUGGCGAUGCUGCCUGGGGACUGCUGCAACACGCCAAAGCUCAUGGCUAUGCCAUCCCCGCCUUUAAUUGCACCAGCACCAGCGUCAUCAAUUCUGUGCUGGAAGCCGGGAAGGCGCUGAAUCGGCCCAUCAUGAUCCAGUUCUCAGAGGGUGGUGCGGCUUUCAUGGCGGGCAAGGGCCUUCCCAACGAGAAGGGCGUCUUGCAGGCCUCCAUUUUGGGCGCCGUCGCGGGGGCCCAAUUCGUCCGUGCUGUGGCGCCCGCCUAUGGCGUGCCGGUUUUUGUGCACUCUGACCACUGUGCGAAGAAGCUCUUGCCCUGGUUCGAUGGCAUGUUGGAUGCCGACGAGUCGUACUUCAAGAAGCACGGCGAGCCGCUCUUCUCGUCGCACAUGUUGGACCUUUCAGAGGAAGUGGACGAGGAGAACAUUGCCAUCUGCCAGAAGUACUUGAAACGCAUGGCACCCAUGAAGAUCAUCCUGGAGAUGGAGAUUGGCAUUACUGGAGGUGUCGAGGAUGGUGUCGACAACACGGGCGCGUCCAAAGACAAGUUGUACUCCACACCAGAAGAUGUCUUCAAGGUUUAUGAAGGGCUCAACCCCAUCUCGCACAUGUUCACCAUCGCAGCCGCCUUUGGCAACGUCCAUGGGGUCUACAAGGCCGGGAAUGUGGUGCUUCGCCCGGAGCUCCUGGGGGAAUUCCAGGCGUAUGCGGAGAAGAAGACCGGAGUGAGCAAGCCGCUCUUCUUCGUGUUCCACGGCGGAAGUGGAUCAGAGAAGCACCACAUCACCACGGCGCUCAACAACGGUGUGUGCAAGAUGAACGUGGACACGGACACCCAGUGGGCUUACUGGGAAGGCCUCCUGCACUUCUACCGCGCCAAGGAGGGCUAUUUGCAGGGCCAGAUUGGCAACCCUGAGGGCGAGGACAAGCCCAACAAGAGCUAUUACGACCCCCGCAAGUGGAUCCGCGAGUCGGAGACCUCCAUGGUGAAGCGAGUCAAGGAGGCCUGUGCUGAUCUCAACAAUGCCUGGAGUUUGAAGACCUUCCAGCGUUGGGCUCUGAAGCACCGCGUUGGGCCCAGGUGCUACAUGACUUUGACGGGAGCAAUUCAUCUGAACUAUGGAGGUGCCCCUGCCGGGCCUGCUGGAACAGGGAAGACUGAAACGACGAAGGAUUUGGGGAAGGCCCUGGCGGUGCCGGUGAUUGUCUUCAAUUGCUCAGAUGGCCUGGAUUACAAGAUCAUGGGCCGCUUCUUCAGUGGCCUCGCCCAGGCGGGUGCAUGGGCCUGCUUCGAUGAGUUCAACCGGAUUCAAGUGGAAGUCCUGAGCGUCAUUGCUCAACAGAUGCUCACUGUGACACAUGCCAUCCGUGCACGGAAGGACGUCUUCAUCACCAUGAACCCCGGCUACGCCGGGCGCGCGGAGCUGCCGGACCGGCUUCAAAGACGUGGGCGACCGGAGAAAGACAACUUGAAAUCUCUGUUCCGACCGGUGGCAAUGAUGGCCCGGAUCCAUGGCGAAUCCAUGGCGCCACCCGAUCAAGUUCCGUUAGACUCGCUGACUCGUGCGAGUGCGGAUCCACGUGCAAGUCUCGGGCGACAUGAUCGGGCGGAAAAGGUCCCAGACUACUGCCUCAUUGCGGAGAUCAUCCUCUACUCGGAGGGCUUUGGUCGAGCCACGGCUCUGGCGCGGAAGAUGGUGAACCUGUACAGCCUCUCCAGUGAGCAGCUGUCCAAACAGGACCACUACGACUUCGGCAUGCGAGCAGUGAAGUCAGUUCUGGUCAUGGCCGGGCAGCUGAAGCGGAAGUACCCCACCCUGGUGGAGGACGUCACGCUGAUCCGAGCUUUGAGGGACUCCAAUGUGCCGAAGUUCCUCUUGUUUGACUUGCCGCUCUUCUUCGGGAUCAUCAGUGACCUCUAUCCGGACGCAGAUGUCCCCUACGUGGAUUAUGGACGGCUCCAAAAGGAAAUCGAGAACCAGCUGAAAUUGGCAAAGUUGGAGGUGGUGCCCUCCUUCGUGGGGAAGAUCAUCCAACUCUUGGAGACGCAACUGGUGCGGCACGGCGUCAUGGCGCGGACGCCCCGGGAGCGCAUCGGCGUUCGAACGGAACGGGGCGAGGCGAGAGCGGAGCGGCGUCCGUUUUCGCAGACUUCCCAUGAAGAGAAGCGUUGCAAAAAAUGGAAGAGGCACCAAGAGAGGUCUCCUGUGAAUGCGUGA